AUGGAGAGUGCCCCACUCCCAACACUAUCAUCCGAAAGCGAGAAGAAGAGAAGAGACGACAGAGAAGUGUUUAGGAGCAUCCUGAGUAACAUGAAGAAGGAGGGAGGGCUACCCGAAGUUGGAAUUGUUAAUCAGCCCUUGCCUUCAGAGGAAGAGAUGGAAGAAGCUUCGAGAAAGAGCGCUCUGGUCGUUUCGAAUCCUAAGGAAGCUGUCCAAACAGAUUCCUAUGAGGGACCCAUCAGGGUUGCUUUGGAGGAGGUGAAAGCGAAGAAGCUGCCGGAAAUGGCUGAAGAGAAGAAGAAAAAGAAAAAUAAGGAGAAGAGGACAAAAGGAGAUGAAGAAGCCCAGCCAAGGAAGGAAAAGAAAGAAAGAAAAUCGAGUAAGAAGAAGGAACGCAGGCGAGAAGAGAAGUGCCUGAAGAAGAAGGAAGAAAAGAGAAAGAGGGCUGAAAGCCCAGAGGUUGACGGAGAAUAA